AUGCACCUCAAUAUGAUACGUUUACUUUGCUACGUGGCUGUAUUAAUCAACGCACAGAGCACGGAAAUAACUUUGGAUAAAAGUACGUCAACGUGUUUAAAUGAUACCGAUUGUGAUGUAUCAGAAAGUACGAACGACUCGGUUGGAACAACGACUCAAGAAAUCGAAACAUCGCAAACUGUUCCUGACGAUAUCAGCAAGGAUAAAAAUUUGUCGGUGAAAAUAACGUCCCCCCUGCCAGAUACGACUUCCUCAAAACCAUUUACUUCAUCAGCAAAACCAUUCGUCGGUAGACCUCAAAAUCGAGAAGAUAAUUGCCACUGCGAUUUGACGAUUUCUUCUUGCGAUAUUAAUUGCUGCUGUGACGUGGAUUGCAACGAUUUGAAUGUCACGGAAUUGUUCGCCUGUAAAGAUCAUCGUCCAAAAGUAUAUGACACACGUUAUUGCUGGGAUGAAAAUUACAUUCAAGACAACAAAACUCGUUAUCUGCUUGAAAAACUGAGAGAUAACUUAUUUUGUAUCGUCCAUGAGAAUCUUCCUCCAGUUUACAGCAUCGGUUACGAUCCAAUUAUUUCAAACAGAACUACCCUUGACGAAAUUGUACGAAAAAAUAAAAAAAGCAGAUUUAAAUGGGAGCAGAGCGCAAUUCAUGUUCCAUUACAAUUUAAUUCGGAAACGCCGUAUCGACACGGAGAUAAUAUAUGGAAGAUUCAAAACGGUUUCAUCAAACAAUUAGAGUUGCCUCAGACAGGAUUCACAGGUAUCUGUUCAUUCAAAAAAGCUUUGAAAUAUCUCGAAGAAUGGAGCGACUCCUGCAUGCAGAUUUCCUUGGAAAAUCAGAAUGUACAACUGUUUGCCGAAACGUUCAACAACUUUACUAUUAUAGCAUCACCAGUUUUAUACAACGAUUCUAAUUUCAAGUUGAACAAUCAGACGUGUCCAAGAACUAUUUGUGUGCCAGUUAAAUCGUAUUACUGCUUGGGUUCGUGGAAUUUGUGUAAAAAUGAAAGUACACCAACUGGAAAGUGCAACAAGGGAACUUGCACCAACAUCGUCAGAAGUGUUAGAUACGUAUUUGCGCACAACGGCAUAAAAGGAAUGAAUGCUUUAGAUGUUUAUCUCAAAAUUGGCAACGCUUCUCAAGGAUUUUACCAAAAAUUUGAAGUAUUUUAUAAAUGGUUUAGGGAUGACCAAAGUAAAGUGUUUCACCUUAGCGGUAAUCCCGGUUACAUAUUAGGAAAACCAAUCAUCAUAGGAGAAUUAAUAACGAACAAAACAAACACCGCAGAUUAUAGUUACGUCUACAUUGACAAAACGGAUUACUUCCUGUCUCUGCCCGUUAGCAGAGUUGAUGGUCAAUGUGACAAGGAACGUCGAUACGCGGUCAAUUUUGGUGAAGAUUUGAAACUGAGUUGUAAAAUUCAUCACGAAACUCGUAACUUUACAAUCAAAUCCUGUAUAGAUUUACAAAAGUUAAUUAUUGAAGCUAUGUUGAAAAAAAUUUUGUUCAACGUAAGCGAGGUUGAUCAACACAGGACUUAUGUUGCAAAAUGGAAUUACCUACGCAGUAAUAACACGGAUGAUUGGUUAAAAAUUAUAUUCGAUAGAAUGCCGCAAACCGUUGUUACCGCGCAAAUUGUAGAUGACCAAUUAAUAUGUUCAGGUUUAGUAACGUCGUUGAGAAUUGAUAUUGUUCAUCGUCGUUUGUCCGAGCCACAAACUGUGGAUAAUUACAAAAUUUUAGGUAUCGGUAUCACGUUCUCGGAGGAGUCUGAUAUCUAUUGGAUAAAAUGCGACACCAAAAAUUGUGCAGAUUUAUUAGUUGUUGAUAUUGUAAGCUACGUAAUUUUUCACGACGUAUCACGACCGUCUAAGUACUUUUUUGCGGAAGGUCCAAACUUGGAUAUCACGUUACCGCAAGAUUUUUUUUAUCCAUUUAUAAAUAAUGCUCCAAUCACCCAAGAAUCUCAUCUGCUAGCUUUAUGCACAUUCCUUGCACUAAUUAUUACGUAUUAAGAUUUUAUUGUAGAUCUCACCUGAAAGUAUUCUUAGCCUGUAAGAUUAUAUUAUUUCGCACAACGACCAAAGAAUUUUUAUACGAAUUAAGAGAAAAACUGAACUUACAACAGUAUUAAAGUAGUUUCAAAUUUAUUUCGUAAUCCCUUAAAAAUCUUCCCAUUUUUUAUUCAAGAAUUGAAAUAACCAUGAAGAAAAUAAACUGCGCAUCGAAAAUUUUAUAUGGCUAUAAAAUCGAUUAGAAAAGCGAUUUUCAGACAGUGAUUCCUGCUUUAUUUAUUCAUUCAUUUAUUGAUUUCUUUAUUUACAUGAAUCGAAAAUCAUACUACUUUAAUCAAACACCGCAUUUUAGUAAUUUACUAUAACAUAUCUAUUCUAUUUAUAAUUAUAAUACCACAUCAUAUUUGAACCGUUACACUGCUCGAAACUUGGUAGUGAUGGAAUGUUACGGAUGAAACAAUUUAAAUCCACAUGUGAAUAAUUUCAGCAAUGCCUAAAGGAUUACUGAGUUAGAUGCUCCGAAUUGUUGGAUGUAGUAAAUAUUAAUAAGUCAUAAAUAUUUUCCUCAAACAAAUACUAGUUCAAGAUCUGCGUGACAACAUUCUCAAACUACACGACGCCAGGUAAUUACCUCGUUACUUGCAUCAAAUAUUGAAUUACCAACUGCUGUUCCGAUUAAAGUGAAUAGAUGCACCGCUAAAUGCAUGCAUAGAUAUAUCGGUUUAAAAGAACAGAAGACGACGAUUAACGAUAACAGUAAAUGAAACUAUUAUUACAUAAAUCUACACAAUUUUGUACAAAUAAAUUACGCUCUUGCUAAAUCAGUGCGACAGACAAAUUGAAAACCAAAGAAAUGAUUAUUAGUAUUAGAAUUUUGAAAUUUAACUGAAUAACGCAGCAAGCUUGAGAAACGAGUAACUCGACAUCAUCUCGAUUAAUAAUACUCGCUUCAUUACGUCCGCCGCCUCUGUUUUGUUACAAUUUUAUUUUUGUUCUUAUUUUUUUCCCCUCCAAACGGCCACAUGCCUGAAACAUGA